CAGAGCUAGCAUCAAAAAGAGAAGGUGAUGAUGCAAUUUACCAAGUAAAGAUUAAAUUUAUCAAGGAGUUGGGUCAUCUUGACUCUCAGUAUCUUCAGAUCAUGGGGAUCCUUUUGAGCCGAUGCAUGGAGCUCCUUGGGCUUCAGCUAAUUGGUCGUAACUAUUUCAAUCCAAAGGCUGAGGCUAGGGAUGAUAAGUAUGAGAUUGUGAUUUGGCCAGGAUUUAGCUCAAGCAUUCGCCAGCAUGAACAGUCCUUGUUACUUAAUGUUGAUGUGACACAAGUUUCUUCGUUCUGAGACUGCAUAUAAGUAUUUUCAGAAGGCCCAAGGGAAUAUAAAAGAGGUUGCUGGCAAGUAUCUUCUGGGCAAUGUUGUUAUGACAAAAUACAAUGAAAGAACAUACAGGAUUGAUGACAUUUCAUGGGGAUACAACUCCUAGAUCAAAUUUCAGUAUAAAGGUGGUGAAAUAUCUUAUAUGGAAUAUUAUGAAAAGAGUUACAACAUUAGAAUAAAGGACCCAAACCAACCAAUGUUGUUAUCAAAACCCAAAAAGCGUGACCUUCGUAGAGGAUCUGGGAUGAUAUAUCUCGUUCCAGAGUUGUGUGUUAUGACUGGUCUUACUGAUGAAAUGAGGCAAGACUUCAACAUGAUGCGGGAUUUAAGUCACUAUAUGCGUAUGACUCCCGAUAAACGAGUAGCUACAUUGUUACGCUUCAAUCAAGACCUUUCUUCGAGCAAGCCGAUUAAAGAUGAGAUGCAAAAUUGGGGGUUGAAGAUAGCAACAGACCUGGUUCAGGUCCAAGGACGAAUUCUUCCACCAGAAACCAUUUGUCAAGGAGAGAAAGUUAUCACAUUUGAUCAAAAGUCUUCAGAUUGGUCUCGGGAAACUAGGAGCUUGAAGUUACAUUCUGCCAUAAGCUUGAAAAAUUGGGCUAUGGUCUUCACAUCAAGAUCUAAUGAGGAUGCUAGAGAGCUAAGCACAACACUUCAGCGUGUUGGACCACCUAUGGGCAUGUCAAUUGCGUCUCCAAGAAAUAUUUGCCUUCGUGGUGAUAGCACUCCAGAGUUUGUUGGAGUUUUGAAUGAUUUGUCAGGAUUCCAGCUAGUUCUCGUCAUUUUACCCAAUAAUAGGCUGGAUAGAUACAGUGCCAUCAAGAGGCAUUUGACUGUCAAGAUGGGUGUCCCAAGUCAAUGUGUUCUGAGUAGGACGCUCUUUAAAAAGCAGCGGUUGAUGUCAGUGGCAACAAAAAUUGCCAUACAAAUGAACUGCAAACUAGGUGGUGAACCCUGGAAAGUCAAUGUUCCAAUCAAGCUUGCUAUGGUUAUUGGCUAUGACACCUAUCAUGACAAAAGGACUCGUGGGGCUUCAUAUGGUGGUAUUGUCUCUUCAAUUAAUCAGUCUUGGACCAGAUAUUUUUCUCAAGUCUCACAGCAUAGGAACCAAGAGGAACUUACCAAUAAUUUUGCCACUGGGGUGAAAAAUGCACUAGCAAAAUUUGUUGAGUUCAAUGGUGCAACCCCUCAAUACGUUUUGGUAUAUCGAGAUGGGGUGGGUGAAGGACAAAUUGAAUAUGUGAAAGAACAUGAGAUACAAGCUAUCAAGCAAUGCUUUGAGACAUGCAAGAUAAACCCAAAGUUUGCGUUUAUCAUUGUGUCAAAGCGGAUCACAACUCGAAUCAUGUCUGAUAUGAGGGGUCGCCCAGAUAACCCAUCUCCUGGCACAGUGGUUGAUGAUGUCAUAACAUUACCAGAAAGGUAUGAUUUUUACUUGAUUUCACAAAGUGUAAAUCAAGGAACUGUCUCGCCAACUUCAUUCAAUAUCAUUGAUGACUCUACUGGACUGAGACCUGAUUACAUGCAGCGCUUGGCUUACAAGUUGACCCACAUGUACUUCAACUGGCAGGGGACUGUCCGUGUACCAGCACCAUGCCAAUUUGCUCAUAAAUUGGCUUAUUUAACAGGCCAGAGUAUAAAUGCACCAGCUCACCGUGAUUUGAUGGACCUCUUGUGGUAUUUGUGAGUUGGAAAUUUUGUCCAUUGCCAGUUUAUAAGAAAGGACCAGUGUUUCUUUGUCAUGGUUUGUAUUCAGAUAUAAGUUACUUUUGAAUUUUAGGUUCAUCUGGGAAAAUUGGGUUUUCUGUAUAACUAUGAUUAUAUAUAAUUUUUUUUUUUAUUUAAUAAUGAAAGGAAAAUAUAGAAUUGAAGUGUCAAGAUGAAUAUUGUAAGUAAGAUCCUGGUGAAUUGCUGUUAAUGUAGCCCCCUUUCAUUUCCAACCAUCUUAUAUGUUAGAUGGAAAUAACUAAAUGUACUGAAGUUUUGCUAUAAUGGAGCAUCUUUUCUUGGUUACCGUGGAUUAUGUAUUUGGGAAGUUAAUGGGAGCAUGGUCAUGUCAGAUAUAUUGUGAACUAACAGUAAUUUGGUUAAUGGCACUAACAUUUCACAGAAAAAUAUGAUGAUUAAAUUGGUUGUAAUUCUUUAUUAUACUCGUGUUGCCAUUCAAGAAAAGCCUCUUACUGUACUAAGGGAGGUUUAAGAUUUUUUUUUCGUUUAAGAAAUAAAAAAAAAAUUAUUGGUCAUCAUGCUGAAAAAUAAAGAAUUUAUUAUUUGGGCUAAUUUUGUAACUUAAUAUUUUGUAAGAACAUGUUCAUUGUUGUACGUAUAUCAAUAAUAAUAUUGGGAUGAGUUGUAGUAAAUUUUACCCUUGUGGCUGAACUUGAAAUGUUUUUCAUGACAUUAAACUCCUAUUAACUUCUAGGAAUCUUGUAAGUGUAAGUUAAUGUUGUUGCGUUACUUAUUCAUUAGAUUAUACUUUAAGAGCUUUCUUAUUUUAUCAAUCAAAACAUUUUUUUUUUUUUUUGGGUUACAAAAAGGAAUAUUUGCACACUUGAGUGUAAACUUGCACUGUAAGUUUGUAAAUUAAGCCAGCUUUGUAUUCAUAGAAGUUGCAGUUCUAAAGAAGUUAAUUGGUCUAAUAAGAGAGUUGCACUCCAAUAAAUGUACUUCCUCCAGUUUCCUAUUUUGAAAUACGAAACAAUUUCUUAGCUUAAUAAAAAAAAUUAUUAUGCUGAAUAUUGAAGGCUUGUGUUAACAGUUGAGCUGUAUGUUUACUUAAGUGUAAAAUAUUUAGUUGCAAGUUGAAUAUUGUACAAUAAGCCUAAUAAUUAAAUUGAUGAGUUUA